GCCGUAGCAGCACCGGUUGGUGGGACCAUGCACAGGCCCCGCUGCUCUUAGGGGGCUGUGAGGGGUGCGCAGUGGUGGUGUUUUUUGGCAAGCCAGGAGUCCGGAGGAUCCUCUCGCUGCCAUGGCUUCGAACUGCACCGGGGGCACGGCCUCCGCAAACGUCGGCGCGGCUAUAGGAGCAGCCCUGAGCGCUUCCAAGACCAAGACGAAGAAGAAGCAUUUUGUGUGCCAGAAGGUGAAGCUCUUCCGGGCCUCGGAGCCGCUCCUCAGCGUCCUGAUGUGGGGAGUCAACCACACGAUUAACGAAUUGAGUAAUGUCCCUGUCCCAGUUAUGUUAAUGCCGGAUGACUUUAAGGCCUACAGCAAGAUUAAGGUGGACAAUCAUCUUUUCAACAAGGAGAACCUCCCAAGUCGCUUCAAAUUCAAGGAGUACUGCCCACUGGUGUUCCGAAAUCUCCGCGAAAGGUUUGGGAUUGACGAUCAAGAUUAUCAGAAUUCCGUGACGCGGAGCGCCCCUGUGUACAGUGAGAGCCACGGCCGUUGUGGGGUCCGUUUCCUCACCACCUACGACCGGCGGUUUGUCAUCAAGGCGGUGUCAAGUGAAGAUGUCGCAGAGAUGCACAACAUCCUGAAGAAGUACCACCAAUUCAUUGUAGAAUGUCAUGGAAAUACACUUCUCCCCCAGUUCCUUGGUAUGUACAGGCUCACUGUAGACGGCGUGGAAACAUACAUGGUGGUCACCAGGAACGUGUUCAGCCACCGGCUGACAGUGCAUCGGAAAUACGAUCUCAAGGGUUCAACGGUAGCAAGGGAAGCCAGCGACAAGGAAAAGGCCAAGGACCUGCCGACCUUCAAGGACAACGACUUUCUGAACGAAGGCCAAAAGCUCCACGUUGGAGAGGAAAGCAAAAAGAACUUCUUGGAGAAGUUGAAGCGAGACGUCGAGUUUCUCGCUCAGCUGAAGAUCAUGGAUUACAGUUUGCUGGUGGGGAUUCACGACGUGGACCGUGCUGAGCAAGAAGAGAUGGAAGUUGAGGACCGGGCGGAAGACGAAGAAUGCGAGAAUGACGGCAUUGGUGGGAACCCCAUUGGCUCUUACGGGACCCCGCCUGACAGUCCUGGCAACCUUCUCAACUUCCCCCGGUUUUUUGGGCCUGGGGAGUUUGAUCCCUCCGUGGAUGUCUACGCUAUGAAAAGCCAUGAAAGUGCCCCUAAAAAGGAGGUCUAUUUCAUGGCCAUUAUAGAUAUCCUCACACCGUAUGACACAAAGAAAAAAGCGGCGCACGCUGCCAAAACUGUGAAACACGGGGCCGGAGCAGAGAUUUCCACAGUCAAUCCAGAGCAGUAUUCGAAACGCUUCAACGAAUUUAUGUCCAAUAUCCUGACAUAGUUGCCUUCCCAUCCUUGGCAAAAAA